GAGACUUAGGUUUGUUUGAUACAUUAACACAGCAGAAACCGAGAGAGAGAGAGAGAGAGAGAGAGAGAGAGAGAGCGCAGAAGAGGUGUUAACCAUGGUGGUCUCCAUUUUACCGAGAUUUAUUUUCCCACCACCCAAUUCUCUUUUCGUCACGGCGAUGUCCGUGAUUAGCUUAACAUCUUUAGCUUAUACUGGGUUCUCCGAAGUAAGAGGAAGGCACUUGCAAUAUUCCAAGUUUUGGAACGUAAUUUCUCCAGAAUCUGGAACAAGAAGAAAAGGAAAGCAGAUCAAGCUUUCUAGCAGAACGGGCAUGCUCCUUCUUUAUACUCCUGCAUUUCUUGCUGGUCUCACCUCUUUUGUGAUUUUCCCACAUCAGGAUCUCCGGCUUUUACUGCUUGAUUCUGCUCUAACUCUUCAUUUCUUUAAGAGGGUCUUCGAGGUACUCUUUGUGCACAAAUACAGCGGCUCGAUGGUUCUUGAUUCUGCAAUUCCCAUUACUCUUAGUUACUUCUUGUCCACAGCAACCAUGAUCUAUGCCCAACACCUAACAAAAGGGAUGCCAGAGCCACCUGUUGAUUUGAUGUAUCUUGGAGUUUUGCUGUUUCUUAUUGGUAUCAGUGGCAACUUCUACCACCAUUUCCUGCUCUCCAAACUGAGAGAGGGUGACAAAGAAUAUAGGAUUCCCAAGGGUGGUUUAUUUGACCUAGUGUUAUGCCCACAUUAUCUUUUCGAAAUCAUAGAUUUCAUAGGGAUCUCAUUCAUAUCUCAGACAUGGUAUGCACUCUCUUUCACUCUGGGCACUAUUUUCUACCUGAUGGGAAGAAGUCAUGCUACAAGAAGAUGGUACUUAUCUAAAUUUGAAGAUUUCCCUGAGGAUGUCAAGGCUCUCAUUCCAUUUGUGUUCUAGAAUGUAAAAUAAAACUCAGUUGGAAUGCACGAUGAGUUUGGAUAGUCAUGUCUACUUCCCAUAGCAAAAGUCAAUGUUUUAUUGCUUUAUUUUUUUCCAUGUUUGAGUGUAAAAGGCAAUAUAGAUUUGAGUUCAGAUGAUAACAAGAGACUUGGCUUCAAAUAUUGACUUUUAGCCGCAACAUUUUCUCA